GUCAAAGCCCAUCACCGACACCGCGACGGUGGUGGUGCGUUGACCCCAGAUUCUCCAACACGGUGGCCACUGCUGAGAACCGCCGCACCUUCAUCCAGUCGGCCACCCGGUUUCUGAGGAAGUACAGCUUCGAUGGGCUGGACGUUGAUUGGGUGUAUCCCAGCAACCGUGGCAGCCCCGCGGACACCCAGCAGCUCUUCACCGUCCUGCUGAAGGAAAUGUAUGAGGCGUUUGAGCAAGAGGCUGCCCAGAGUCACAAGCCCAGGUUGCUGACCUCCGCGGCUGUGUCGGCUGGCAAAGGGACCAUCGAGACCGCCUACCAGAUCCCCGAGAUGUCGCAGUAAGUCAGCCCUCAGCCCAGGAGUCCAGGCAGAGCUGAGCGAGCCCGGUACCUCCCCCAUAGACUGGCCAAUGCCCAGGACUCCUGGACAGAGAGGGCUCAUUCCCGAAGGAAUAAGAUGACCCUAACUCCUGAAGGACGCGAGAAGCCAGCCCGAACCCUGGGCUUGUUUCCAAACCUGUUCCCGAGAUUCCCAAUGAUAAGAGGCUAUAGGAGGAAGUUAGUUGAGUCUCUAACUUGCACCAGUUCUGAGAGUCUGAGCGCAGCCUUCUACACCGAUGACGGAUUGUGUGCCUUCUGUGUGUCAGGUAUCCUUGAGAUCGAGGCGAGGGAGAAUGGAGUAAAGAAUAACAAAGCAAAUUGCCUUGUGGCAUAAUUACAAAUGAUGUAUCUGACAGGGUUCUAGGAGCUUCAGGGGCAGCGUCAUGGAGAGUGUGACUUCCCAUCGGUCAUUUCUCUUCUGUGGUACCCCAACCCUCACCACCCAAGGUACAUGGACCUCAUCAACAUGAUGACCUACGACCUCAGAGGCUCCUGGGAGGGCUUCACAGGCGAGAACAGCCCGCUGUUUGCAGGACCCAAUGACCAGGGAGACUACAGAUUCUUUAACGUGGAUUAUGUGAUGAACUACUGGAAGAACCAAGGGGCCCCCGCCGAGAAGCUGAUGGUGGGCUUUGGGGCUUACGCCCGGACCUUCAUUCUCACGCACCCCGCUGACCAUGGCCUGGACGCGCCCACCUCUGGCCCAGGGACUGCCGGGCCGUAUACUCAGGAAGCUGGGACUCUUGCCUACUUUGAGGUCUGCUCCUUCCUGAGAGGAGCCACCGAGGUGUGGAACGCCCCCCAGGAGGUGCCCUACGCCUACAAGGGGAACCAGUGGAUUGGGUAUGGCAACCCCAAGAGCUUCGCCCUCAAGGCCGAGUGGCUGCUGAAGAAUGGCUUUGGAGGCGCCAUGGUCUGGGCCAUCGACCUGGAUGACUUCACGGGCACCUUCUGUGGACAAGGCAAAUACCCGCUCAUGAACGCCCUCAAGUCUGCGCUCAGUGUCUCCACCCCCAAUUGCAGAGUGCCCCCCUCUACCCUGGGCACCACCUCGGCCCCCAUCACCACCGCGGCCCCCAGGGGUGGUGACAGUGAGUUCUGUGCCGGGAAGUCCAACGGUCUCUACCCCAGCCCCACCAGCAGGCGGGCCUUCUACAACUGCGUGAGGGGCCGCACCUACACGGAGGCUUGUCAGGAGGGCCUGGUCUUCGACGCCAGCUGCUCUUGCUAUAACUGGCCUUAGCCAUCCACCUGCUGGAGCCCCUGGGAACUGUAGGACCGACGGACGAUUAAACAGAAGUUUUGCCUCAGA